CGCUUUUCAAGCUUCUUAGUUCGUACUUCUAUUCUUAUACAACGUUCGGUGUAAUGAUAUUGUCUAAUAGCUAUUAAAAUAGUUCGGUUAAUCACCGCAAAGAUGGAAACUGAAAAAUUAAUUGCGACACUCCGUAGGCAGCCACACCAUAUCAAAAAUCUAGAGGAUCCUGAUCUCCUAUCUAGUUGUCUUAAGCUCCUCGUUACAAGACAAGAAAUAUUAACUAGCAUCGAUGAUACCGGUAGAGAUAAUAUCUAUCAUGAUCUGAUUAAAAUUAUGAUUCACAUUGGUAAGUAGUGCACUUGGAAAUAAUCUGAAAAAUUUAGUUAACAUGGCAUCAUAUAGAUUUUCUCCAUUUUAGAACUACAUUAGAUUGGCGUGGCUAUCGAAAUAACUGGAAUCUUUGCCCCUUUCUUGAGGAUAAAGCUGUGCGGGAUGUCUAUUAUGACAGUCUUAGAGUUUUGCUUGAGGAGAGCUCGGAAUUAUUCAUGGCUCAUAAAGUUGGCUCUGAGAAAUAUCUUUACCUAAUCAUGAGGGAGAUUAUAGAUCUCGAAUUGUCAGUGGGUUGUGGUAUGAUAAAGCUAGAUGUAGAUUCUGAAGAUAUUGAAAAAUAA